CAACGCGGAAGCGAGAAAUCAGUAGAAACCGGAAGAAACAUGGGAACGCUAAAGUAAACAUUAGUAUUUCGUGACAAAUAAGUAUCUUGUUUCUUUACUGCUUUUUGUCCACUUAUGACAGCAUGGUUCGGUGUUUCCUGAUCCACACCGUGUGUCCGGUCAGCGGUCUGUCUGCCGGGGAGAGCAGGGUCCUGUACUCCCGGGUUUUCGGUCCAGAUGAAGGAGUCCUGACCGAGCAGCACCGGGAGCUCGGUCCGGAGGAGAGACGGCUACUGCAGAAGGAGAAGGUGGCGGUGGUGGCGAGGCAGGUGAGGAGCGCCGUGUCUCUGUCCCGGGAGGCUUCGGGCCGGCUGCCGGUGGAGACGGUGCCGGGUGAGGAAGCUCUGGCCCUGCAGGAGGCCACCAGCGGAGUGGUGCGUCUGAGAGCUGGUGAGCCCUUCUCUGAGGAGAUGAGCGCUCUGUGGAUGGGUGUCCAGAAUCUCGGCUUCACGCUGGUGUGUGAGCCCCACGAGAACCUGCUGCUGGCCGAGGGAACCCUCCGCAACCUGACCCGACACUGCCUGGAACAGGCCCUGCUGAAGAGCAGCCGCAUCGACGCUGUGCUCAGCCGCCUGCUUCCUCACGGCCAGCUCCUCUUCCUCAACCACCGCUUCGCCCAGAGUCUGGAGAAGGAGGUGGCAGCCUACAUGGCCAAGUGAGCCACCGCGGCCAGUCGGUAUACGGCGGCCAUUUUGAGGUCAGUGUCUGGUCACCUGGCCAAAGUCUCAGUCUGAGCUCUCAAACAAACGAGUCGGCUGCUGUUUACCUUUUGGUGGCGUUUCUGCGGCGCUGGGAGAAGAACGUACUACUGGCAGCUGCUGUUUCAAAUUGUGUGAGGUGGUAAACACACACAGAGUGGUAAAUAUCUCCCUCAGCCACUUGCAGCUCACUGUUGACUGUUUACUGUGUGGGAGGCUUCAGUUCAAAUCCUGUUUGUCAAAUUGAAGAGUGGAAAGGAAAAUGUGGCAGAUUAAAGAGUGCAGCUGAAGAGGCCAGUUAAAACCUACUCAUCUGCAUCAAAGACUGCUAUUUAUCUAAAUCACCACACUUGAAAUGUCACAGUGUGACCUUGACAGACCAGACUUGACCCGUUUUGUGACAGUAAAUGAAUCUCAAAGUGCAUUAUUGCCUCGUCGUGACCUCUAACUGAGCUUUUGUUCCUGAAGAGUAGGAGGAAACCAGAAUGGGAUUUUGUCUUUCUGCAGUUGAAGGUAUGAUUCAUCUCAUAGUAACAAAACGGCAGAAAUGGAGCAAAGAAAAAUCAAAGUCAAAGCAGUUUAAUCUCAUAUUGAACCAAAAAUGUCAGAAUUUUUGAGACAGUGAGGACAAUGAAAAGGCAGGAGGUGACAUGAAAUAUUAUAAAAACCACCCUGAAUGAAAGCGGAGAUGUUGGCACGCAGAAAACAGGAAAUGAUGACGAGAACAAAAAUGGAAACAUCCAGACACAACAAAUAUAUCUGGUGAACAUCUGUUGUACCUCCGACUGCGUCUCCCUGUGAAACCAGACUUCCCCGCUCCUCCUCCUGGCCUCAUAAAAGCCUCUUAAACCUGUUUUUGUGUUGGCAACCAAAUCCAAAACUAAAGCAGUUCUUUUUUUAGGGAGAAAAAAAACCCUCUCCCUGGUUGCCAGCAUCGAUUGCUUUGAUCUUCUCCCUUUUUCUGUAUUAAAAAAUAAAACUAAUUUCUGUAUUACCUAAGGCGUAUUCUUUGAAACUCGUGUACUCUGCAAUCAAGGACAUAACACGUUUUCCAAAAACAAGGCACAGGGGAUUCGACAUGAAAAAUGAUGUAGAGGUUGUGUUCCUCUCGUGGGGGGGGGGGGGAACACACAACCUCGGCGUCAGCUGGAUGAAAACACCUGCGAUCUGAAUCACAGGAGUGAGUCAAGGUGACCAGUUCCACCAUGAGACCAGCAGAGGGCGCUGCUCUUCCUGUCAGUGUCGUGUGCAGUGAAGGAAAUCUACUCACUGACUUGAAGUUUGUGUUUAAAUUUUGCAAAAAGUUUCAAAAAAACUAAAAAAUGAAUCUGGGUUCAUUGUACAGAGUAUUGCCAAAAGUAUGUGGACACCCCUGUUUUUACGUGUGUUUAUGGGUGUGUUUUUGGGUGGGACCCCUCGGCUCUAAUGAAGGGAAAUCUGUUUUAUUCAUUCUCAUUUUAUUUGGAUAUAACAAAGCAACAUAAAUAAAUGCUUUAUACAUC